AUGUUUGAACAACGUUAAAAACAAUAAUGUUAUAUACAUUUUUGGAUAGCCACAUAUAUAUUAUUUUCUUUAUAAUAAUUAGAGACUUGACAUCCACAACCAAAUUAAUCUUUACAGAAUAUGGUUGAUAAUGCUGAAAGCAAUAAGCAACAUAAAUAGUAUAUUGUUGAAAUUGUGUACUCUGAGCUUUUUUACAUGUAUAUUUUGAAGGUGCAAUUUAAAUUUGAUUCGUAAAUUUUCAGGAAAAGCGUGUAAAGGUAAUGUAGUACGAACCCAAUAAAUUGCAAUGAAGACAACAGUUGUAACAGAUGGUAGGGUUCGGCUUACACGGACGACCACUCACGUUCAGGCGCAUGCCAAUGCGGCAAUUGCCUCGAACAUUAAUUAGCUCAAUCUUGAUUUUACAUAGAUGUCGACAAAAAAUAUACAUUAGAUGUCUACCAAAUUAAAUAAAUAAAUAAACAAAAUAAAUUUCAACUCUGCAUAGUGCUUGUUUCUUUCCCUUACGACAUAACAUAACAGUGUAUCUCAAUAGUGUUUUUGUUUGAUCUUUCAUAGUCAUACAUGGUUUGCUUUGUAUAUAGUACAUCUGUUUGAUCAGUUUUUUUUCCAGAAAUACUUAAAUGGGUUAUUUUGGUAAAAACUAAAUACUCAAACUGAUUUUAAAUUAACGUUCAAAUUUUAUAUCAAAAUGCUAAUAUCAUAUACUAUAUGUCAACUACUUUGAAGUUAGUGACAUUAUAUUCAAAUAAUCAUUUGAAAGCAACCUCAAAAAGAAUGAUAAUUCAUUCUAUUUUUGUUUGAUUUAAGUUUCCUUGGUUUAUUCCUAACUAGUAUAAAACAAAAAACAUACAACAACUUAAAAGUCUCCAAUAUUUUGGAGUCAAAGGAUGCAAUUUAAAAUAGUUUUUAAUAACAUGCAAACAUAAACAAAGUAAAUACUCACCGCGUUUGGAUGGCUUGGACACUUAGUAAAAAACAUACUGUUGAGUUUUUGACAAAGAUUGCCCCCUCCACUUGACAACUAUAUACUAAACUCUCCAUAUUUGUGUCUCUUCUACUAAAUCAAAGCUCAUAAGCAGAAACCUUCAAGCUCUUCCCUUUCCUGCACCUUUUUUUUGUUUUAUUAAGAGUUUUUGGCACUAGGAGAGAAGAAACAAUCAAUGGCACCAGAGGAGAAUAGCACGUGCGAGCCUUGCAAAACGUUCGGGCAAAAGUGCAGUCAUGUCGUGAAGAAACAAAGAACCAAGUUUUAUAUUCUACGCCGUUGUAUCGCUAUGUUAGUCUGCUGGCGUGACAACAACCACGACCGCAACGACUCUUGAUUGCUUCUUUUUGGAUAAAUUAUUUUCCUUUUCUACUUAAUUAUUACUCUAUUUAUUCUUUUUUUUUUCGCUCAAAAGAAAUGUAAUUUAGUAGUUUUUCUUGCACUUACUCAUUGUGUCAUUAUCUGAAUUCAAAAUCCACAGAAUGUAUGUCAAGUUCUUUUGGGUUAUCUGGGGUUUUCAUCUUCAUAGUUUUAGAAUUAAUAUAUGCAUAUAUCUAUGUGCAUACGUAAUAGUUAGAGUAGUUCCUUUUUUGGUUGCAACUUCAUCUUACUUUUUUUUUUUUGAAAAGGAGAGUCUUUAGUUUAGUGAUACACCAUUAAAGUAAAAUUUCUUUAUGUGUGUCAAAGGCAACUUCAUCUUACUUUUUGUCAUACUUGAAGACCAGUAUACAAAACAACUCUGCAUAUAUGACUAAGAUUAAGAGGACCAUAUAUUAAUUUCCUCUGUCAAACUUAAAGACAUUAAUACAUUUCUCGAUUAUAUAGCAUUUUAUAAAAAAUUACGUAGCAUCAACCGACUUUCGCUAUAAGUAUACAUUUUAAAAAGAAUAUUGUAAGAAGGCAACAUCGAAUCCAUGAACACGCACUUGAUUACGAGAUACAUCACAAACUGUAGCAAUUUAAUUAUAUUUUGUUAAAUUAAUUACAAGCAAUUUAUACAUCACCAAAUGUGCCAAUUCAUAUGAUAUUUUGUUUAAAAUUCAUAAUAUGUAUUGCAGAAUUUAAAUAAGAAGAAGGGUUAUUUUACAAAUUACAAUUUUGUAAUUCAAGAAUUAUUUUGAGGGGUUUUUGUAAAAUAAUUGGACACAAAUCGAUGACGUAUUUUCUGCCAAAGCAAUCAGCGUGAAGCCCUAAAGUACCGGAAAUAGAUGAAACGUGGGGAAAUUCUGGCCUUUUGUAUAUAUAUAUUGUUUAUUUUUGGCCUUUUUGCAUAUUCAAAAUUUCCUUUUGUUAAUUUAAAAACUAAGGAUUAAAUAAUAUGUUUCAAUAUUAAGGGUCCGAAUGGUAACCGCGGUUUUGAUAAUAUAAGCGGUGUGGAAUUAGAGUGUGGUACGGUGCAACUGCGGUUCAUGCGGUUUGCGGGACAAGUGCGGAUUCCAUAAAAAAGUAAUGCGGUACGGUGCAGCUGCGGUUCAUACGGUUUGCGGGACAAGUGCGGAUUUCAUAGAAAAGGUAGUGCGGUUUUGAUAAAAAGUAAUGAUGUUUUGAUAGAAAAAAAUAAUGUAAAAAAUAUAUUAAUAAAAUUUAAAAUUGAAUUUGUUUGCUUAGUAAUAAUAUCAUAAUAUUUUAAAAACCCGCAACCAAAUAGAAAUAAUAUAAUAUAUAGUAAAUAUAUAUUUUACAUUUGAAUUUAGUGUUUAGCGAUUAAACUUAUUGUUAAGUAUUUAUAGUGUAGGAUAGGUUUAUGCAUGGGCAAAAAAUGAGAACCCAAGAUUCAAACUUGAACAAAACCAAAAUAAGUGAAAUAGAAACUAAAACCUUUACAUACUCAAACGGUUUCUAUAUUAUAUAUUUGAAAUAACUGGAACCGAACCGAGAACAAAAAAGAUACCUGAAUAUAUCAAAAUAUUAAUGAUAUAUAAUAUAACUAAAGUAGCCGAUAUUUUACUUGAAUUACUCAAAAUAAACGAACCGGAAUCGAGAUGAAAUGGGAAAUGAUUAAUUUUGGGUAUUUAAUGGUUCCUAGUUUUGGUAAUUUAAUUUUGGUAUUUUCAGUUUAUAUGAAAUAAUUUAAUCAUUUUAUAAUCAAACUGACUAUCGUUUAUGUAUUUUAUGUAUAAUUAUUUUAUGAUUAUAUUUGAAAACAAUAAAAUAAGUUAAAAGUUAUAAAACAUUUUUAAAGUAAAUCAUUGAUAAAAUUAUCAGGAAUUUAAACUAAAGAGCAUAUUUAACAUGUUACUUAUUAAAGUAUAUGGUGUUAAUAAAGUGUUAAUAAUUAAUUAAUUUUUAAAUAGA